GUAAACAGAACUCACACGUGUUAGCAUUUGAAGUUUACAUAACCUGGAAAAUGGCAUCGAAAGCUAGAAUUGCUAUAUGUUUGCUGCGAAACGAUUUAAGAUUACAUGACAACGAGGCACUUUCCUGGGCUUUUAAAAAUGCUGAUUUCGUGGUACCACUGUAUUGUUUUGAUCCUCGUCAUUACAAAGGCACCUGGCAUUUCAACUUACCAAAAACAGGUUCACACAGACUGAAGUUUCUCCUGGAGAGUGUUAGUGAUCUCAGAAAUACAUUGAGGCUCAAGGGGAGCAAUUUAAUAGUUAGAGUGGGGAAACCAGAAGUCAUUGUACCAGAAUUGGUGAAGACAUUGAGUGAUGUUCAGAAUUUGGUAUUUCAUGAAGAGGUGACCUAUGAAGAAUUGAAGGUUGAAAAGGCAUUGAAACAUUGUGGAAUUGAUGUUAAAACAUUCUGGGGGCAUACUUUAUACCAUAAAAGUGAUCUGUCAUUUAGUGUGAACAAUUUACCUGAUGUUUAUACACAGUUUAGGAAAAGUGUAGAAGCCAAAUGUCCUGUAAGAAAACUUAUAAAUGUGGAUGAUGUCAAACCAGUUCCUGAAGGUUUAGAAGAAGGACAGGUUCCUACUAUGGAAGAUUUAGGUGUUAAAUCUGUUCCUGUGGAUCCCAGAAUUGCAUUAAAUUUCAAAGGAGGAGAAACAGUGGCAUUAGAUAGACUGAACCACUACCUAUGGGAGACAGAUAGUGUGGCAACAUACAAAGAAACUAGAAAUGGCAUGAUUGGUGCAGAUUAUUCUACUAAGUUUUCAACAUGGCUGGCUCAUGGCUGCAUUUCACCACGUAAAAUAUUUUGGGAGAUCAAACAGUAUGAACAGGAGCGAACAGCUAACCAGUCCACAUACUGGGUUAUCUUUGAAUUGCUUUGGAGGGAUUACUUUAGAUAUGUGGCACUAAAGUAUGGAAACCAGAUUUUUUAUGAAGGAGGUGUCCAGAAUAAGAGAAUUCCAUGGAAACAAGAUAAAGCUAUGUUUGAAGCAUGGAAGGAUGGUAGAACUGGUGUUCCAUAUGUUGAUGCAAACAUGCGAGAAAUGGCUGCUACAGGUUUUAUGUCUAACAGGGGGAGACAAAAUGUUGCCAGCUUUCUGACAAAAGAUUUAAAACUUGAUUGGAGAAUGGGUGCUGAAUGGUUUGAAUCACAACUUAUAGAUCAUGAUGUGACUAGUAACUAUGGUAACUGGUUAUACAGUGCUGGCAUUGGGAAUGAUCCAAGAGAGGACAGAAAAUUUAAUAUGGUCAAACAAGGACUAGAUUAUGAUCAUGAUGGAGAAUAUGUUAGACUGUGGGUACCAGAAUUGGAGAAGAUAAAAGAUGGAUCAGUACACCAUGUCUGGACACUGUCUAAUUCAGUUUUAUCUAGAGCUGAGGUGUCAUUAGGUGAAACUUACCCAAAUCCUAUUGUCAUUGCACCAGAAUGGAGCAGACACACAAAUAAAAAAUCAGGUCGCAAUCAAGGACCCCCACAGAAGCAAAACAAAGGAAUAGAUUUCUACUUUAAAGGUUCUCAGAAACAUUGAUAUAAACAAAGCUAUUUAUUGUUGAAUCUCCAUGACUGAACGAUAUUAUUAGUGCAAUAAUUAUAUUUUGUUCUCAAUAUAUUGAGUAAAUUAGAAUGGAAUGUCUGUACUUAAAUGAAUGUUAACUGAAUGGCUGUAAAAUCAAGCAAACAUUUAUUUGUAAAUAUAAAUGAAAUUGUUUUGGUUUA